AAUCCACUGUUUACCUCCGCAUGUUCUGCCGACACGCGCAGCAGCAGCAGAAAACCGCCGCUAGAUCGUCAAAUCCUCUUCGGUCGGCUACACACUUUCACUAAUACAUGGCCAUUAGGCUCAAUAAAAGUCCUGUCACCUACCUCAUACCUGUUUAAUAUCUACACCAUCACCAUACGAUAAGACAUGUCCGACCCGAACCCCGCGGAAGUACGAAAACAACUCCAGCAACUGGAACAGGAAAAUGGCAACUUGAAGACGCAGCUGAAUAUCAUACGGAUCAGCGAACCAAUAUUUUCUCCGAAAUCUGAGGACCAGGCCACUACCCCUUCGAAGCGCAACUCAGAUGUCUCUUCCCUCGAUAACCCAACACCUGCUUCAUUGGAGGCGGACCUCAGCCACUACAAAGAGUUAUUUUCGAAACUACGCUUCUCUUAUGUAGAGCAAGUGACAAAGGAGAAGUUCCUGCGCGCGAUCGUCGGCGAUCCUCCUUUGGUCGUUGGGCACAAUGAAAACGUCGAACUCGAGACGCAACUGGCCGAGGUGAAGGCAGAACUUCGCGCAAGGAAAGAAGAGGUCCGGGCGAUGACUGAAGAGAUGGAGAAGAUGGGUCGGGAUUUGGCAAAUCGAUACAAAAACGUGCAAUUGCAAUUGACUAAGCUUUCAACGCUGCCGGAAUCGAUCGAGAAUCUCGAAUCAACCAUCGAAGAGUUGCGUGCUAAACAAGUCACGAACGCAGAUGCAUCAUCGUCUCAGAACUUACCUCUGCCGGCUACAUUGAGCCUUCUAUCCGAACGGGAGGCCGAACUGGCGGCGCUUGAUCGACAACUUGCCGCGGUGCAAAACGCCUUGCCCCGCAAGACUAGAGAGGCCGAGGCGGUGGAGCGCGAAUUAGGUGUUCUAGAACGGAGGAAGACAGAAGCCAUAGCACAGGCGCAGGAGAUUCAGAGGAAAAAGGAAGAGGGGGAGAGCGACGGACUCGAAGAAAUGGGAAGAUGGUACAGAAGCGCAGAAGAGACGCUAAAGAGACUGACGGGCGUGCAAGGAUAGAAGGUGUUGAUUUUGAGAUGAGUGACGACUACGGAUUUUUUAUUGGUGUAAACGGCGUCUUGUCCUGAGCCUGCUCUACAGAUUGAGAAUGCAUGAAAUUGGUAACACACGCGCAACUACGCAGAGAAGAGAGUAGGGCGACGAAAGUAAGCCGAAGGCUAUCUGUUCAUUCAUGGUAUUGCAAGACCGUACAACGUGAUACGCGAUACUGCAGCCAUAAAGGAACCCCGCAGUUUUAAUUUCGCUAACGAAACCCGUCCGUACUCCUGUUUUAAAUCGUUUACUCCUCCUCUUCCUCCUCCUCACC